AUGGCACAAACACGCGCGGUCUUUGGCUGGACUCGAGAAACGGAGAUCGGCAAAGGCCCUGCAGAAUCAACUCCAGAAUCAUCUCAACAAUCUCAAGUGGACUCCUUUCAAGAGAAUGCGUGGGAAGACGUACAGAAAGAAGCUUCCCUCAAGCUACCACUAACGUCAGAGGAUCAUGUCCUGGCCGAUGUUACCGCCUCAAUCGAUGGUAGCGCGGCUCAGUUGAACCCUGAUCAAGGCCUUGCCACUAACAUUACCGACAUCCUGGGCAAGCCUGACCUGACCCAGCGUACAGCGGAAGUCAUGACAACAAAUCAGAGUGGUAUUCGGGGCAGCAUCAGAAAAGCUCUUCAGUCUGGGGUCCUCGACAUACCACCAUUCAAGCCAGCCAACGACACCAGCCUGUCAGCAGACAAGCGGAUCACUUACCAACUUCCCCCAGCCUUACUGGAGUCUGACUACAUUUCAACUUACCGAAAACUAUUCGAUCGUUCAGCACUAGUCCCCGAUAGUAACUUACCUUUGAGUUCGCAAAUCAUGGGCUUUUGUCCGAUCUGGGCAAUGUGGAUCGCCGAAAUAGCAGAGGAAGCGAAACGUGAGAAGUUACUAGACCGGGUAUUCGACAUGGCCACUAAAGCCUGGUUCGAAGCCUUACGACUUGGCUACAAGCCAGAUACAGGUGGUGCAGAAACAGCGACACCGCGCACGCCUGCGAAGCGACCCGUCCUUCCGGGAGAAGACAUUCCGUCUGGGCUCCGCGGGAGACCGCGCCCGAAAAAGGAGACCGAUCCCCUGCAAAUGCCUGUCUUGACUGCCUUCAGCCACAAAGACGGACCUCGUUGGCCCAUCACGGCAGGCGAACUUCAAGCUGCUGGCAUAUCUAUGACGCGACUUCAAAGACGCGCAGCUGACAAAAGCGACUUAGUAGAAGCCGGGGACGAGCUCCUCAGGAAGGUACUCCAAAUGUACAAUGGUCAAAUUGCGGCGAGAGACUGGUUCGAUGUCGAAGAGAGGACGAAGCUGAACCCUUUGGGCCGGGACCUUCAGGUGUAUUGCCUCUACGAGGUGCUGAAGUCGCGGGAUAGCAUUGCACAACUGAGAAGCUAUUUCGCGAAGUUCAAGACGGUAAAGCAAAAGGAGAACACACAAAGACGUAUCGACGAGGAGCAAGAACGCCAGGAUUUAUUCGCGGCUCUUGCACUGGAACUUGAAGAAGACAACCCGCGAUCACCUACUCCUUCGGUCUUUCCCUCUACCAGCACUCGAGAAGGGUCAGUCAGCAGCGCUCACAUGACAAAGACGGCUGAGAUAUCCGACCUCGAUCGAUUUCGAUCACUCGUCAAUGCCAUAGAGAGCACCCUCAAGGACAGCAAUUUUGCAGAUAUGAUCACCACCUUCGAGCUUUAUGGAAUGUCAGAGGGCGACCUGAUCUCAAGUACCCCCUUCGAGGACAUUUCAAGUGACUUUGACCGCUGCCAGCGCGUUAUGCAAGAAAUGCUGUUCGACGCCCGGGACUGGCUGAAACUUUUGCAAAAUGGGCAAGCUCAAGAUGUCAACAUUCAAGAGCUGGAGAUGCAGAUCAACAAGAAGAAAGAGAUCCUCCGUGGAGUCUACCCUUCAUUGCUUGCCGAGCUCGACGCAGCCAAGACUGCUGUUGGCGAUGACGAUGCGGCGGCGAGCGUUGUCGAGGAUGAAUUCGUGUCGUCCGACAAUGACGAGUUGAUGACUGAAGUUCCCGAAUCAGCGCCAACUGGGUCCACUAAACGUUCUCUGGACGCCGAAGCAGACGACGCACUUGGUACUCAAUCACCAGACACGAAGAAGCAAAAGACUGUGGAUGAAGAAAGAGCCUUGCGAAUCGAGGUUCCGGCGCCACUUGUCCAGCUCGGAGUCGAUGAGCGUGACGGGGGCCCUUUCGCAUCGACUGGUGCGACAGCUCCGACCAUCGAGUUACCCGCGUCCAACAGCCUACAGCAACCAAGUCUUCUUGUCAAGCUUCGUACUCGACCAGGCUUUGAUCCAGAAACGCUCACAAGCACCAAAAUCUUCUAUCAAGACGGCUUCAGAUAUCGCUAUUCACCUGAGUCGACCCUAGCGCAACGCUUUUCCAUAAACGAUACCUUGCGCAGCUAUAUCGGAAGGUGCACUCAACAGCACAUAAGCCCCAACAACGAGUGGAGAUAUGGCAGAUACCAAGGUCUUAUUCAUGUUGACGACCCAUCUCGCACAACCAUUGUUCACGGGGUCUGGGAUCUGGAGGAUGGGAGUCAGCCAGCAGGCUUUGAACGAUUCUACAACGGGGAUGCAGAAUACACAGCCGUUCUGGAAGAUACUUUCAUGUCCGAGACCGAUGGUGAGGAAGCUGAGCCACGGCUGCCAUCACCACCGCUACGGAAGAGGAAGUCGAAUACGAAAUCAGGACGAAAGGGAGCCACCCGCUCCAGGCAGGAGGAUUUGCGCUCCACCGCCGUCGACACCGAGAAAGGCAGAGUUGGUGGUCGUGGCAGGAGCAAGACGCGAGCCAAUUCAACCAUCAAUCACCAUGGCGUCAUCACCAGAGCCAAAUCUGCAAAGCCGCGUGUACGUCUGUUGAUGAAGCCGGUACCAGUUCCACAAGAAAGGUUCGUCGAUGACAGCAUUUCGAUGAAUCGACCCAAGCGGCGAGGCGCUACGAGGAAAAGCUACGCCGAGGAUUUAGACGAUAACGACGACGACGACUAUGCUCCUGACGAAGAAUAUGAAAGUUGA